AUGCAAGCUAUUGCUGAUUCCUUUGCACCAAGUAAUACCCUUGUUAGAGAACUACAAUAUGAUAACGAAGAGUCCUUAUCUAAUGAUCUUAUAACUGGUUCACAGAGAUUCCAAAGGUUGACUCCAUCUUUAGAAUUGCCUCCAAUUUCAUCUCCACAGCAAUUCUUAAGGGCACACACUGAUGAUUCACAAAAUCCAGACUGUAAAAUUAAAAUUGCCCAUGGUACUACUACUUUAGCGUUUAGAUUCCAAGGUGGUAUUGUUGUGGCUGUGGAUUCUCGUGCCACUGCAGGUAAUUGGGUUGCAUCCCAAACUGUCAAAAAAGUCAUUGAAAUCAACCCUUUUCUAUUAGGUACUAUGGCAGGUGGUGCAGCAGAUUGUCAAUAUUGGGAAACUUGGUUAGGUUCUCAAUGCAGACUAUAUGAAUUAAAAGAAAAACAAAGAAUCUCUGUGGCGGCUGCCUCCAAGAUUCUAAGUAAUUUAGUCUAUCAAUAUAAGGGAGCUGGUCUUUCAAUGGGUACUAUGAUCUGUGGUUACACUAAAAAGGAAGGCCCAACUGUUUAUUAUGUGGAUUCUGAUGGUACAAGAUUAAAAGGUGAUUUAUUCUGUGUUGGUUCUGGUCAAACAUUUGCUUACGGUGUACUUGACACAAAUUAUAGAUGGGAUCUGACUGUAGAAGAAGCUUUAUAUUUAGGGAAACGAUCCAUUUUGGCUGCCGCACAUAGAGAUGCUUACUCUGGUGGGUCUAUAAAUCUAUACCAUGUCACUGAAAAUGGUUGGGUUUACCAUGGUAACCAUGAUGUUGGAGAAACCUUCUGGGAAAUAAAGGAAAAGGAAGGUUCAUUUAAUAAUGUUGUCGGAUGA